ACCCAACCCAACCCCAACCCCAGCUGGGUUUCUUCCUGCCUUCUCUGGGGGCAAGAGUUUGGUUGUUGGGCCCCUCCCUCUCUCUCUCUCUCUCUCUCUCUCAAAUAGCCACUUUCUCUUCUACCCCAUCGAACGAACAUCAAUUUCUAGACAGAUAGAAAAGAAAUUCCUGAAACAAAUUUCCAGAGAAAAAGCAAUAGAAUGGCUCAAGUUAGCAAGCUCUCUGUUGCCAUCCAGUGCAAUAAUUGCAACGGCAUUCUGCCCAAGCCCCGGAAUCAGAAACCUCUUCUGGGUUGUUCCUUUUUGGGAUCGAAACUCAAGGGUGGUUGGGAGCGUUCUCUGUGUUUGAGCCACGAAAGGGCUUUGAACCACUCUUCUGUGAGAUUUAGGACUUCGGCAGCUUCGAUUGCCACCGCCGAGAAGCCUUCCGCCGCGCCGGAGAUCAUGUUGCAGCCCAUCAGAGAGAUCUCUGGCACCGUCAGGUUGCCCGGUUCUAAGUCGCUCUCCAACCGGAUUCUCCUUCUUUCUGCUCUUUCCGAGGGAACAACCAUUGUCGACAACUUGCUGAACAGUGAAGAUGUCCAUUACAUGCUCGGUGCUUUGAGGACCCUUGGGCUACAUGUGGAAGAGGAUAGUGAAAACAAGCGAGCCAUUGUAGGAGGAUGCGGCGGCAUGUUUCCUGUGGGUAAAGAAUCAAAGGAUGAAAUUCCACUUUUCCUGGGUAAUGCAGGAACAGCAAUGCGGCCAUUGACAGCUGCAGUUACUGCUGCUGGUGGAAAUUCGAGCUACGUACUUGAUGGGGUUCCUCGAAUGCGAGAGAGACCAAUAGGUGAUUUAGUUACUGGACUUAAGCAACUUGGUGCAGAUGUGGAUUGUUUUCUUGGGACAAACUGUCCUCCUGUUCGUGUAGUUGGAAAGGGAGGUCUUCCUGGUGGAAAGGUCAAGCUCUCUGGAUCAGUUAGUAGUCAAUACUUGACUGCUUUGCUCAUGGCAGCUCCAUUGGCUCUUGGAGAUGUGGAGAUUGAGAUUAUUGAUAAACUUAUUUCUGUACCUUAUGUUGAGAUGACUCUGAAGUUGAUGAAACGCUUUGGAGUUGAUGUGGAGUACACUGAUAACUGGGAUAGGUUCUUGAUCCGAGGUGGUCAAAAGUACAAGUCACCUGGAAAUGCUUAUGUGGAAGGCGAUGCUUCAAGUGCCAGUUACUUUCUAGCUGGUGCAGCUGUCACUGGAGGCACCAUCACUGUUGAAGGAUGUGGCACAACCAGCUUGCAGGGAGAUGUUAAGUUUGCUGAGGUUCUUGAGAAAAUGGGAGCAACAGUUACUUGGACGGAUAACAGUGUGACAGUCACAGGGCCACCCCGGAAUCCUUUUGGAAGGAAACACUUGCGUGCCAUUGACGUUAAUAUGAACAAGAUGCCUGAUGUUGCCAUGACUCUUGCUGUCGUUGCUCUUUUCGCUGAUGGUCCUACUGCCAUAAGAGACGUGGCUAGCUGGAGAGUAAAGGAAACUGAACGGAUGAUAGCGAUUUGCACUGAACUGAGGAAGUUGGGAGCAACAGUUGAGGAAGGGCCAGAUUAUUGUGUGAUCACCCCACCGGAGAAGUUAAAUGUUAUAGCCAUAGAUACCUAUGAUGACCACAGAAUGGCCAUGGCAUUCUCUCUUGCCGCCUGUGCAGAGGUUCCCGUCACCAUCAAGGACCCCGGUUGCACUCGCAAAACUUUCCCCGACUACUUUGAAGUCCUGGAGAGGUUCGCAAAACAUUGAGCAGCCCAUCAACGUUCGCAACAAAAUUGAAGGAAAAUCAAGAGGUUCCACCGAUGAUGCUUCGAAUACCAUGGUCCCCUGGAAAUGUAGAAUAGAGACCAAGGCAAGCCUUUUACCCCCUUUCAAUUUGCCUUGUUAUUGCUUAAGACAUAUAAUUCCUGUCGUGGUCAGAGAUUUUGUUGCUUAAAUCUGGAGUUCCCCCUAAGGAGUGAGUGUAAUUAAGCUGUUUUUGAUUGAUCCCAAGUCUAUGGAUGCUCAUUAGUUCAAUAAAUGACAUAAUUAUAUUGAUCUGAAGAUCAUUUUCUUGGUU